AUGGAAGCUGAAAAUAAGCUAUUUACAGUUGAAGAUCCUGAAGAUGAUCCAAGCCCACCAAGUGACUUUCACGAUACAGAACUUGAGUCACUUCGUCAGGACCAGAAUGAAUCCAACGAAAAAGCUCAAGAAAACCUAGAAAAUUUGCAAAAGCUUGAUUUGGAUGUCAAAGAAGUAAUAAAUGCGAUAUCAAAUGAAGAAAGCUACCAUACUCGAGAAUCAUUUGGGCCUUGCCAAUCUCAAGAUCACGAAGCUGAAAAGCUCCUAGAAGACUUGCAGACUAAUAUUGAUAGAAGAGAUGUGCUAAAGCAGCAGUUGAGAUUAAUACAAGAUCGCCAUCACAACGAAGUCAAACAAUGAGAAAUCAUAAGUGAUCGAACUCGAGAAGAAAUUGAAAUCUUAUUAAGCCGCAACCAAGAACUCAAAGAGUGUAUUGCAUCAAAAGAUAGCGAUUUAGAGCGCCUAAGAGAAGAUUUAAAUGAUUUACGAUUAGAGAUUAAAGAGCAUAAGCAGCAAGAAAGCCACUUUAAAAAAUUGGUACAAAAAAUUGAGGAACAAAUUGUAAAAAAUAAGUAGAUUGUCAAAGACCAGACCAUUCAGGAACAAGCAAAUACGAUUGAAGAAUUAUUGAAAAAGAAAUCGAUGAAACAGCCAAGGACUUCCAAAGGAUCAACAUCUCCACUUCCCAAAGGACCAGGGAAAUAUCAAUCUGACUAUAUAUUAAAAAGUAAAUUGAGACAAGCAAAUAAACAAAACACAUCUCCUGCCGUUACAGGAGAUAUUUAUAGUACUCCUGAGAGACCAAAAAGUCCCAUGUAUAGUAGCCUUGGAAGUAAGUCUCCUAAGCUGAGGCCUCAACCAAUGAAGCAAGAUGCGACUAUUGUUUUGACUAAAAUGGGUUAA